UGGCGGCGCCCAGGAGGCGCUGAGGCGUGGAGCUGAGGAUGGGGCUGGGGGCGCUGGCCGCCAGGGCUCGGCUGGGGUGGCGGCUGAGUGGGUCGGGACCGGAGCUGAGGCCGGGGCGAGGGCAUUGGACGGCGGCCGGGCGCUCGCGGAGCCCGCGCGAGGCAGACACGCCCGUGUUCCAAUACGUGGGCGAGCGCGCGGCCCGUGCCGACCGCAUCUUCGUGUGGGGCUUCAGCUUCUCGGGGGCGCUGGGCGUGCCCACCUUCGUGCUGCCCGGCGCCGGGCCCGAGCCUCGCGCCGGCUCGCGGCCGCGACGCAGGAUCCAACCUGUGCCCUACCGCCUGGAGCUGGACCAGAAGAUUUCAUCUGCUGCCUGUGGCUACGGAUUCACAUUGCUGUCCUCUAAAACCAAGGAUGUUACGAAAGUCUGGGGCAUGGGACUCAACAAAGAUUCCCAGCUUGGAUUUCACAGGAGCCGCAAGGAUACUACCAGGGGAUACGAGUAUGUGCUGGAGCCCUCGCCUGUGCCGCUGCCUCUGGACAGACCCCAGGACACGCAGGUGCUGCAGGUCUCGUGCGGCAGAGCCCAUUCCCUCAUCCUCACAGACCGCGAAGGAGUCUUCAGCAUGGGAAACAAUUCUUACGGGCAGUGUGGAAGAAACGUGGUCGAAGAUGAAAUUUACAGCGAAAGUCACAGAGUCACUAGACUGCAGGACUUCGAAGGUCAGGUGGUUCAGGUCGUCUGUGGCCAGGACCAUAGCCUGUUCCUAACAGAUAAAGGAGAGGUGUACUCGUGUGGCUGGGGUGCCGACGGGCAAACAGGUCUGGGUCACUACAAUAUCACCAGCGUACCCACCAAGCUGGGCGGAGACCUGGCCGGGGUACACGUCGUCCAGCUUGCCACCUACGGUGACUGCUGCCUGGCCGUGUCUGCUGAGGGUGGCCUCUUCGGUUGGGGAAACUCCGAGUACCUGCAGCUGGCCUCUGUCACGGACUCCACGCAGGUGAACGUGCCCCGGUGCUUGCCCUUCUCAGGAGUGGGCAGGGUGAAGCAGGCCGCGUGCGGUGGCACAGGCUGUGCGGUGUUAAAUGGAGAAGGACAUGUUUUUGUCUGGGGCUACGGAAUUCUUGGGAAAGGACCAAACCUCGUGGAAACUGCACUUCCAGAAAUGAUUCCACCCACCCUCUUUGGCCUGACGGAGUUCAACCCAGAAGUCCAAGUCUCCCUCAUCCGAUGCGGCCUCAGCCACUUUGCCGCCCUUACCAACAGAGGAGAGCUGUUUGUGUGGGGCAAGAACAUCCGAGGGUGCCUGGGCAUCGGUCGCCUGGAAGACCAGUAUUUCCCGUGGAGGGUGACGAUGCCCGGGGAGCCCGUGGAUGUGGCGUGUGGUGUGGAUCACAUGGUGACUCUGGCCAAGUCGUUCAUCUGAUGCUGCUUCCUGACCGGCUUGAGCCCGGACCCGGCCUCAGAGCCACUUGGACUGCUCAGCAGGGGGUCAGAGGGGAUCGGGGCCCUUUGUGAAGGGUGACACGAUCUCCCGGUGCCCUUAGCAGGAGCGUACUGGAAGAAGUCCCACGAUUCAGUCCCUCUGGCUGCGGGUGAGACCUGCCACGUUCACCAGGCUGCGCGGCCCUGGCAGGGCAAGGGUAAUCCACACGUCUCUGCUCUUUCCGGGGAACACACGACGGCUCCCGGGGUCAUCUCUGGCCGGAGAGGCGGGUCCGAGGAAAGCUUAGCUCCACGGCAUGUUUGAUCGUAAAGGGGGAUCUGGGCCCCGGGAGGGCUUCUGUGACCCUCUGACCACGGCCGAGCUCACGGUUGGCGCGUGGACCCCAGCGCGAGCCCCGGCCUGACCGAGGGAGUCGGGCUGUGGCUUCGGCCAGUCACCCGGCUCUGCUGCCCCGCGGCCGGCCCGUGCUGGGACACGAGCUGCAGUCCCUUGCGAGUACCGGUGGGCCCCGGGCGGCACGCACGGCCCACGGCCAUCAGGAGCCUCCUAAACAUUCUCCCCGCCUGGCUGGGGAAAGCCGAGGAGCCCCCGCAGGAGGAAGAGCGAGGCCCGAUUCUUGGGGCACUGAACACGCCCCGCGGAAGCCUGGCUGGAGGGCCGGCCCCGGGGAAGAGGCUCAGAAAGUGUGGAAAACAUUUGAGGAGUAACAUAACCUGUCCUCUUGCUUAAAACUUCUUUCAGAACUCUCUUUUGCAAUAAAGCCUAUUUUCUGCCUUUUUA